AUGUCCAACAAUGUGAGACCUAAGCUAACUCGCAGCAAUGGGAGAGCGAGGCCUACGAGGCUGUCGCACGUGGAAGAUUCCGACGACGAAAGGCUGGACUUGAAACUGGACAAUUUGCAGCCGCGAAAGGAGACACCAUGGUUUGUGUACGGGUUAACGUUCCUGUCGGCCCUGGGGGGCUUCCUCUUCGGGUACGACACAGGGGUAGUGUCCGGUGCUAUGAUAUUACUAAGGAACACCUUUGUGCUGUCGUCGGUGUGGCAAGAGCUCAUAGUAAGCGUUACGAUAGCUGCGGCGGCCGUCUUCGCUGCGGUCGGUGGGAGCAUGAACGAUCGGCUUGGCCGGCGACCGGUGAUCAUGCUCGCCAGCAUCGUGUUCACCGUAGGAGCCGUGUGCAUGGGCGCCGCGCAGGACAAAUACAUUCUGCUGGCAGGCAGGAUUGUCGUCGGAGCAGGCAUAGGCUUGACAUCCACCACGAUUCCGAUGUACAUUGCUGAAUGUUCUCCUUCAAACAUCAGAGGAAGAUUGGUAUCCACCAAUGUUGCAAUGGUGGCCUGUGGGCAGUUUGUGGCUAAUGUUGUUGAUGGAAUAUUUGGCUUUGAUGAAGUGAAUGGCUGGAGGUAUAUGCUAGGGCUUUCUGGAAUCCCGUCCGUUAUCCAAUUCCUUGGCUUCAUCUUCAUGCCCGAGUCGCCACGCUGGCUCAUAAUCCAAGGUCGAGAGGAUGAGGCCAGACGAGCGCUUCAGAAAAUGAGAGGACAAUUAGACAUCGAUGAAGAGUAUCAGACCAUAAAACAGAAUUGCCAGGAGAUCAGAAGACAGGAAGAAGAAAGAUCUCAUACACCAAUUUUGAUUCAAAUGCUACAGACGCCAUCAGUGCGGCGAGCGCUUAUAGUGGGCUGUGGUUUGCAGAUGAUUCAGCAAGUAGCUGGGAUUAACACAGUCAUGUACUACAGCGCAACGAUCAUCAAGAUGUCAGGUGUGCGGAGCAAUGAGGCAGCUAUCUGGCUGUCUGCAGUCACAGCGUUUGUUAACUUUGUCUUCACCAUGGUGGGCUUGUAUCUUGUGGAGAAAAUAGGAAGAAGGCCCUUAACUCUUGGCAGUCUUGUUGGUGCCAUUGUCAGUCUAGCUUGGUUGGCUGUGGGUUUUCAGUUGUCAGCCUUGGAUACGCCUAAAGUGGAUUUCUUGGAAUCAGCAUCAAAAGGGACAGGCUGUUCUCAGUACAGGUCUUGUUACGCCUGUAUGAGGGAUGUAACAUGCGGGUAUUGUUAUGUGGAUAAGUUUGACUACGUCCUGAAUGGAUCCUGUUUACCAGCUGACUAUGACGACCCCUGGAGAUCAGUGGCAGGGAGAUGCAAUGCGACACGGUUACCAGGACGACUGACGUGGGGAUAUGAUUUCUGUCCCUCACCUUACUCGUGGAUGCCCAUGGUGGGACUGGUCCUGUACCUCAUUUUCUUUGCUCCAGGUAUGGGCCCAAUGCCAUGGACAAUAAACUCUGAAAUCUAUCCCUUGUGGGCGAGAAGUACUGGGAACGCUGCUGCCACCUUUACAAACUGGAUGUUCAAUUUGGCAGUAUCAAUGUCGUUUCUGAGCUUAACUGAGGGACUGACUAGAUAUGGUACAUUUUGGCUGUAUGCCUCAUUGGCAUUCCUUGGUUUAGUCAUGCUUGGAUGGCUCUUACCAGAAACAAAAGGUAAAUCACUGGAGGAAGUGGAAGGAGUGUUUGCCCGGCCAUUUUGUGGAUCUAGUCCACCGAUUGAUUACAAUACCAAAACCAUUCAGUACGUCCAUAUUCGAGGCUUGAACCGAGAUGGCAGGGAAUCAGAAUUGGAGUCACCAGAAUAACCGCAACUGUACCCACACCUUAUUGAAGUGGGCAAUCAGUACAAUUCUUGUUUCACCUAGAAACGGACAGCUGUAACCACUGACAGUUAGACGGAUGCCACAGAGAUCAUGGAAGCCAGCUGGCCCAGGAGGCAUGUUGUAACAGGACGCAUGCACUGCGCAUGUCUGUUAGUGCAUGUAACAUUGUACAAUACCGAUUCAACUGGAUUUGUGUUACAUGCACGUAAGCUAUUUGAACUUCGGAGUAAUGUUAGAAGAUUGACAUGCAAGGAAAAGGAAUUAGAAAACUUCUGUAAAUGGUAGUGAACAAGUCUCCUACUAACAGUUUUGCAUAAAUUACAUGUAAAAUAAAAUGAAAAAGCGUGAAACAGUGAGUGAUACUGAAGACUGGUGUCUGAAAUAUAAAUGUAAGAAAGUGUUUUCACAAUGUAGUAAAUGAGAUUGGCAAGACCAAACGGUUGUGGAACAACAGCAAAGGUUACAGUAUAAAGAUACAUUUGCAUAAGAUACUGGUGAGAAACAACUUGUAAUUAUGAAUUUUGGCUGUACUGACAAGUCAUGAUGCUGAACAUUUAUACUGAUGCUCUCCAGCAUUCAGAAAAGCAAAAUGUUGAUAUGUUCCAUCAAACAUCUUUCUGUUCUGCAUGCUAGGUACAUCCUCUUCACUUGUCUUGCAUAAGGUCAGUAUUUGGAUAUGCUUACCCUUUUGCAAAGUGGUGUACAGAAUGUCUCAGGAUGGGCAAAUGCCACAGGGUCAUCCUCCUCCACACACUGUACAUCUAUAAAAUUGAAAUUGCUCCCUCCAUCUAUAAAUGGAUAAUGAUUUAAAUGGUAGAAGAAUAAUGGUUUAAAUGGUAGAAGUAUUUCUACCAUUCCCUUUCAUGUACAUACAUGUAUGAUUAUGUGUAGUUAAUGCCUACGUUUUCAUGGAGAAUGCACAAAUAUUCGGGCUCCUUUGUUGAUGAGUAUAUGUUUUUUGGCUAAGUCAGCACAUUGCUUUUGAUAGUGACUUUUAUCACCUCUUUUUUAAAAGCUGAUGUUUGUCCUGGCAGGCCAUUUAUGGAGAAUCACCUUUACAUGCAAAUAGAUACAUGUUCCUAUCAACUGCCUAUAUUUUUGGUUUAUAGACCAGUUAUUUUACAUAAGUUAAGUACAUGUACAUUUACAGUGCAUACAUAUAUUUGUGUCUUACUUCUUGGGCACUAGCAUAUAAUUAAUUAAUCAAUAUAAUAUAGAAACUUAUAACAAAAAAUUUAAAAUGCAUUUAGUUGUAAUGUAGUUAUACAUUCACAAUGUAAACGGCAUAAUUGCCCCAGUACGUACAGAUCUUGCACGAAUGUAUUUAAUAAAAUGAGUUAAGUGACUUAAAACUUAUUUGGGUAUCACAGCAGAUUUCCACUUAUUCUGGAGAGAGGAUACAGAUUGACAGUCUAGCACAUUCAGUUGUACACCCCCUGUCCCUUUCACGUUGCAAGUUUAUAAGUGAAAGAAUCUGCAGAUUAGUAUUUUUAGACAUUAAAGUGAAAUAGAACCAAAACAAAUCUAGGUAGGUGUCA